UUGUCACCACCUUGCCAUCUCUCCUUUUGCUUUUUUUAUAUUCAACAUUUUCAGAUAAAAUACGGAGGCGGUCUCCAAUUGGUGCUGCAAACGAGUGUGAAUUUGGUAAAACUCCAAGGUGGAGCUUCUAAGGUCGAAGCAGCGCGUGACCUAAGCCGUGUCACCGACUCCAUGGCAAGAAAUGUAUCCCGGUACUCAGACGAGGAUAUACCCGAGAGCCCCGAAAGUAGCCCCGAUGAGGAUUUCGGCGCCAAGAAUAACCCUGAAGAAGCGACUGUCAAGGAAAGGACGGGAAAGAAAAUUAUAUCAAUGGUGGAACGAGCAGCUCAAAGCAGUAUUUUCCAGAAAGCAGCUAAGAUCAAGAAGGUAGCCAAGCUGAUCGAAGAUGUCUCCUCGACACCGUUGAUACUCAAUGUUGAAGUGGAAAUGCUUGAAGGGCCACUUACCGUCAAUAUUCCGCCGCCACCGUCUGAUAGGUUAUGGUAUGGUUUCCGUCGGUCACCACUGAAAUCCAUUAAAGCUGUCCCUCAAGUUGGUGAUAGAUCGGUGGAUCUGACCACAGUAUCCGACUGGAUUGAAUCAAAGCUUCAACUUCUACUUGAGAAGAAUAUAGUUUGUCCCAACAUGGAUGACCUAAUUCUGCCGGUAAUGUCUGGAAAUGAUCUUAUUCGCAAAGGUGCGUACAACCAGUGA